AGACCCUAUAAAUGCGAUUUCUGCGCAAAGUCAUUUUAUCGUCUCGAGCAUAAAGUUCGUCAUGUCAGAACACAUACUGGAGAAAAGCCUCACGUGUGUCCGUAUGAGAAUUGCGACAAACGAUUUGCUCGCUCUGACGAACUACAACGUCAUGUGCGUGUCCAU